AUGUGGAACAUGUGGAGGUCCUUAGCUAACUCGUCUCUACUACACCAAUGGCGGUCAACGAAUCUGGUUCAUGAGCUUUCUCUCAACCGUAGGUUGUCCGAUCAUCCUCAUCCCUCUCUUUUUCUCCUUCCUCAGCCGCCGCCGCAGCAACCGCAACCGCAACACGAAGAAAACGCACAAGAAACAAAGAUUUUCCUCAUGGAAACUCCUCUUUUCAUCGCCUCCAUCGUCAUUGGGUUGCUCACGGGACUUGACAACUAUUUAUACUCAUACGGAUUAGCUUAUCUGCCUGUUCCCACAUCAUCCCUCAUAGUGGGGACUCAGUUAGCUUUCAAUGCUAUCUUCGCUUUCUUGAUGGUCAAGCAAAAGUUCACUCCCUUCUCCAUAAACGCAUCGUUUUAUUAA